GUGGUGUGGAGUCGGCUUGUGGAUCUGUGAGACCCGAAGAUUGACAGCGUCUUGGUACCCCAGAGGCUGCGCCGGGCAGCUUCGCGACCGUCAUCAUGCCACAAAAUGAAUAUAUUGAAUUACAUCGUAAACGCUAUGGAUAUCGCUUGGAUUACCAUGAGAAAAAGAGAAAAAAAGAAAGUCGAGAGGCUCAUGAACGGUCAAAGAAGGCAAAGAAGAUGAUUGGUCUGAAGGCUAAGCUCUACCAUAAACAGCGCCAUGCUGAGAAAAUACAAAUGAAAAAGACUAUCAAGAUGCAUGAAAAGAGAAACACCAAACAAAAGGAUGAUGAAAAGACUCCACAGGGAGCAGUACCUGCCUAUCUGUUGGACAGAGAGGGACAGUCCCGAGCCAAAGUACUCUCCAAUAUGAUUAAACAAAAACGGAAAGAGAAAGUCAACUCAUCUGCUCGGGGUUAG